GGGGCGGAGCGAAUAGAGGUCCAACCCAGAAAACAGCAGGGAGAUUUCCGCUCCAUGACAAAAUCGCACGUUCGGAAUUGUUCGGAGGGGGGGGGAGUGGCUUGAUUUCGACACAAACUUCGGUUCUUUUCUGGUAAGCCGAUGGUGACGUCACCUCGGUGGAACGUCGUCGAAGUAUGUUUGCUUGCCGGGGGUCGAACGGCCUCCUUGAUUUGGGUUGGGCUUGAACACACGACCCAAAGAGCACCGGGACGUCGCCGUCGUCCUUCUUGGUCUCGAAUGGCCCGGCCGAAAGAGAUCACGACUGUGGGAGGCUGAGGCAAAGAGGGUGACGCGCGGGCUCAUUUCACGGAGGACGAGGCGGAGGUCGGUUUUGAAAGACGGACUUGAAGAUGAUGAUCAUAACCAUGACUAGAGAAAGAAGAAAGCUGCUGGAAAUGUGCUGUUUACUGCUUGUAAUGACCGGAAGUGGACAUAGUGGAGACGCUCGGCAGACGCAGCAUCUGUCCUCCUAUCAGCUGACGGUGCCACGGGCAAUAGGAGACAGGCCGAGGAGGGACGCUGACUGCUCGCCGCCCGAUCAGGUGUCGUACGCCAUUGACGUGUCGGGACGCAGCCGCGUCGUUCGUCUGGAGCGGAACCGGAUGCUGCUGCCUGCCGACUUCAAAGUAUUUACGUACGGGGACGACGGACAAGUCGUCACGACAGCCCCGGAUGUUCGGGAUCACUGCCACUAUCAGGGCUUUGUUGAAGGCAUGGAGGGAUCGUCCGUUGCCAUGAGUGUUUGUAACGGCCUCAGAGGCGUGCUGCAUCUAGAUGACGACAGCUACGCCAUUGAGCCUCUCGACUCGGCCCCCGAGCAGCACCUGCUGUACCGCCUGCGGGAUGUGACAUCACAGCCUCGUGGAUGCGGGAUGCCGCAUCACCAGCAGGCUCACAGCCACAGCGAAGACGCACGCUCACAACCCCCGCUGGAGAUCCACCAGCACGCCAGGGUGAAGCGAGAUAUUCUCCAUCGCACACACUACGUGGAACUCCUGCUGGUGGUGGACAAUGACAGGUACAACGCCGUGAACCGGAACGAGAGCGCGGUGCGGGAGGACAUGGUUCAUUUGGCCAACAUCGUCGAUGGCAUCUACAUGCAGCUGAAUGUACGCGUGGUCCUGGUGGGCCUGGAGAUCUGGACCAGGCAGAACCUGAUCAGCACAGAGGGAGGCGCCGGCGAGGUCCUGAGUCGCUUCACCCAGUGGAGGGAGAAGGAACUGCUGCCUCGCCGCCGACACGACUCGGCGCAGCUGGUCACGAUGAAGAGUUUUGGGGACACGGCGGGAAUGGCGUUUAUCGCCACCGUGUGUUCGCGAAGUCACGCUGGCGGAAUCAACACGUUCUUGAACAACAACGUGUUUACCUUGGCCUCCGUCGUGGCUCACGAGCUUGGCCACAACCUCGGCAUGAACCACGACGACAGCCGGCCUUGCACAUGCCCCACGCAAGCGUGCAUCAUGAACUCCGGCACCACAGGUUCCCGGAACUUCAGCACCUGCAGCGCCGACGACUUUGAGAAGAUGCUACUGCGCACGGGCGGCUCGUGUCUCCUCAACGUGCCGCGACCUGACGAGGCCUACAGCGCCCCCUACUGCGGGAACGGACUACUUGACUUUGGGGAGGACUGCGACUGCGGAUCGGCGCAGGAGUGUGAGAGCGACCCCUGCUGCGAGUUUGAGACCUGCAGACUGAAGCCGGGAGCCGAGUGCGCUCACGGCGAGUGCUGCUCCAGCUGUCGGUUCCGGCCUGGCGGGACCGUGUGCCGCGCCAGUGUGGACGAGUGCGACCUGCCUGAGUUCUGCAAUGGCUCCUCCUCUCUCUGUCAGAAUGACGCUUUUGUGCAGAACGGUCAUCCCUGUCGCAAUCAGGAGGCGUACUGCUACGAUGGCCGCUGUCAGCAUGCCCAAGACCAGUGCAGGAGCAUCUUUGGAGCCAAGGCCAAGAUGGCGCCAGAGGUCUGUUUCAAAGAGGUCAACAGCAAAGGCGAUCGCUUUGGGAACUGUGGCUACCUAAACUACGGCUACAAAAAGUGCGAGAGCAGAAACGCCUUGUGCGGCAAGCUGCAGUGCGCCAACGUGCAGGGCGUCAAAGCCUUCGGCAUGCAACCCUCCAUCAUCAGCACGCCCAUAGGGGGCGCCGUCUGCUCCGGGGUGGACUUCAUGCUGGGCUCGGACGUGCCCGACCCCGCCAUGGUCAAUCAGGGCACCAAGUGUGGCCCGGACAAGGUGUGCCUCAACUUUGAGUGUCGGAGCGCCGACGUUCUCAACUACGAUUGCGACGCUGACAACAAGUGUCACGGUCACGGGGUGUGCAACAACAACCGGAACUGUCACUGUGAGUCCGGCUGGGCGCCGCCCUCCUGUGAUGUGGCAGGUUACGGGGGGAGCGAGGAUAGCGGGCCCACCUGGAAUGACAAAGACAAGUCCCUGAGAGACGGCCUCCUCGUCUUCUUCUUCUUGAUCGUGCCUCUGGCCAUGCUGGCCACCUUGGCCUUCCUGCGCUGGAAGUGGAUACUGCGGCACCUCGGCUUUACUCGCAGGGGGCGCUCUCAGGGUUACCGGCCCGAAGGACUGGAGUCAUCCGAUUCCGCCGGAAGACCGCCUCCAAGGGCUCAGCUGCCUCCUGUUACCCGCGGCAACACCAACAACAUCCUCAAAGAUGCGGUGAGCACACGUAAAGAGCGUGCGUGUGUGCCACAUAAAAAUCACGCCAGCCAGCUUCUGCCGCCACACGAGGUGGUGCCGAAAAGCAAGAGCGCUACCUCGUACGCCGUGAGGCCGCCGCCACCGCCUCUGAAGCCCAAACCGUCUGGGACAGCUCAGCCUCUGAUGCCUCAAAGACCCGCCCCUCCGCCACCAGUAUAAACGGCGUCCUCCGGGCUGAGCCUCGCCGAGUGACAGUUUGGAAGCAGGAAUCCGGACCAAGAAACAACUUGGUUGAGUCAUAUACGGCUGCCGUAAGCGCCCGGAACUACAUAUGCAGCCGUAGGCAUGCUGGCUAACUAGCGCUCGCUUGCUGGCGGCUUCAGGCAACCAAGCCUGAGUGCAGCAUUUCUCCGAUUGACUGCUUUGAAGACUGCAAAACCGAAACCACUAUGCCAAGAAGCGAGGACUGACAACUUUUUGUUUAUUUCUAUUGUUUACGGCCGGUCUCAAGUCAAAGUCUGCUUUAUUGUCAAUUUCUUCACAUGCCAAGACACAAAGAAAUUGAAAUUACGUUCCCACUAUCCCACGGUGACAAGACAUAGUACACAAUAUACAUACAAGUAAACAACACAAAAAAAUAAGAACAAGAAGGCACAAACAAUGAAUAAAUAAGAGUGAUGAAUAAAUAAUAAAUAAACAAAUAACACAA